AUGGAGUAUUUUGAACAAGAUCUAGCAGAGACUGGCAAAGAUUAUCCGUUCGCAUCUGGGGCAACAAUUUUGAUUGAGAAUGUCCGAGUAUUCACCCUUCUGAUGCUUCAGUGCUUGUGCUUUUUCAUGAUGCUAAUACGCUUGUUAAAUGAGCUUGAAGAUGAAUAUUGAGAUACUUUGAUUAUAACUCAAUGUAUUUUCUCGAUGCUGUUGACCCUUGUACAGCUUCUUUCUCUCUUGACUUCAAUUGCUCUCCAGAGAAUGUACUACUCAGUGGAUUAUCUGAUAAAUUUUAAUCCGAACUAUUUUGGAUUUAUCAUAAUCAAUCAGCUCUAUUGGUUCAACUUAAUCAUUCAUGUGAAGUACUAUAAACAGAUGAGAAUGGGGGCUGUCUAUGAUGAAGUCAGACAGAAGAUCAGAAGAAUCCAGAUAUGGGAGGUCAUCUUCCUAGCUGGAAUUUACCUACUUUUGUGCCUAGUUAUAGCCUUUAUGUUUUACUCUGAGUUCGUGCAGCAAUGUAAAAGAUUCAGGGUUCAAGAUGAACAUGGCUUUUGUUAUGUGCAGUCAAUUAUCCAAAGAGUCAUGUACUACAUCAAUCUCUUUAUCAACGGAAUCCUUAUUUUUACCAAGACAGUAAUCUACUGCAAGCUAAUGAGCUCGCUUAAGAACAACCUUCAUAGAUAUUACGUUCAGAACAAGAAAAAGCUGAAACUGUUGUUCCUAUCGUCGAUUAUUUAUAUAGCUCUUGAUUUUGUAAUAAUCCUGGCGAGCUUUAUUUAUUUUUCAAGAGUGAAAAAAGAGAACCUGUACAAAGGAGUGUUUACAUACAUAUUCUGAAGCGUCCAUUGUUUGAUUUCUAUUGUUGAGCAAUUAGCGUUUUUGUUUUAUAUCUUCUACAGUAUCUACAACAUCAAAUUUAAAGAGUACCUCUUCAUGCUGAUGUAUGGCUAUCAUAUACACUCAUCAAUCUCCAAAGCCUGUCUCUUCCUAACCCCCAACCCCUUCUACAAACCCAAAGAGUCCUCCUCCCUCCUUCUGCCAGAAUCCAAUGGGCCACCCACAGAACUCAGUGACCAAAGCCAGCCUCCAAGGCGAGCACACGCCCUUAGCGAAGGAAGACUUCUGAGGUGGAAUUUUAUGCGGUAAAUUAAGG